AUGUUGCGGCUGCGGCUCACGGUGCUGCUCGCUCUGCAGGUGAUCACCUGUGCUCAGGAGGGCGGAGACUCAACGGGUGGAGCCCCAGGUGACAUCACCUUCCCCGAGCUUAGCGAUGUGUGCACUGAAGGCAGCUGUUACCCAGCAACGGGGGACCUUCUGAUUGGCCGAGCUCACCAGCUGUCGUCCACCUCUACCUGCGGACUGAAGCGCCCAGAACCGUUCUGCAUUGUCAGCCACUUGCAGGAGGAGAAGAAGUGCUUUGUGUGCGACUCGACAGCACCGUAUAACGAUGAGCUGGCCAAUCACAACAACAGCCACCGCAUUGAAAACGUCGUCACCACGUUCGGCCCCAACAGGCUGAAGACCUGGUGGCAGUCUGAGAACGGUUUGGAGAAUGUCACCGUCCAGCUGAACCUUGAAGCCGAGUUUCACUUCACUCAUCUCAUUAUGACCUUCAGGACAUUUCGACCAGCUGCAAUGGUCAUCGAACGCUCAGCGGACUACGGUAAAACCUGGCAGGUUUACCGUUACUUUGCCUACGACUGCGAGACAUCCUUUCCAUCCGUUUCCCAUGGUCCAAUGCAGAAGGUUGAUGAUGUCAUCUGUGACUCUCGGUACUCGGACAUCGAGCCAUCCACUGAGGGGGAGGUGAUUUACAGAGUCCUGGAUCCAGCAUUUCGCAUUGAAGACCCUUACAGUCCCCGGAUCCAGAACUUGUUGAAGAUCACCAACCUGCGGGUGAAGUUCACCAAACUGCACACGCUCGGAGACAACCUGCUGGACUCUCGAAUGGAGAUCAAAGAGAAGUAUUACUACUCCAUCUAUGAUAUGGUGGUCAGAGGAAACUGCUUCUGCUAUGGACAUGCCUCUGAAUGUGCCCCUGUCGAGGGAACGGGCCAAACCAUGGAGGGCAUGGUUCAUGGUCACUGUAUGUGUAACCACAACACCAAAGGACUGAACUGUGAACAGUGCGAGGACUUCUACCACGACCUUCCAUGGAGACCAGCCGAGGGGCGUAACACCAACGCCUGCAAAAAGUGUAACUGCAACCAGCACUCGGACUCGUGCCACUUCGACAUGGCCGUGUUCCUGGCCUCUGGAAACGUCAGCGGGGGAGUUUGUGACGACUGUCGGCACAACACGACUGGACACAACUGCGAGCAGUGCAAGCCGUUUUAUUACCAGCAUCCAGAGAAGGACAUCAGAGACCCAAACAUCUGCCAGCCCUGUAACUGUGACCCUGUGGGCUCCCUGAAUGGAGGAAUAUGCGACGGGAUGACGGACGUUCAAACUGGUCUGAUUGCUGGUCAGUGCCGCUGUAAAGUCAACGUGGAGGGAGAACGCUGCGAGCGCUGCAAGCCGGCGCAUUACGGGCUCAGCGACGAACCUGAAGGCUGCAAAGCGUGUUCCUGCAGCCCCCUGGGAACGGCUCCCGGAGGAAACCCCUGCGACAGCGAAACGGGAACCUGUUUCUGUAAACGUCUGGUGACCGGACGGGACUGUGACCAGUGUGUGGAUGAACACUGGGGUCUCAGUAACGACAUGGACGGCUGCAGACCGUGUGACUGCGACCUGGGAGGAGCCGUCCACAACCGGUGUGAUCAGGUGAGCGGUCAGUGCGUCUGCAGGGAUCACAUGUUUGGUCGUCGCUGCGAUCAGGUGGAGUCUGGAUUCUACUUCGUUGCUCUGGAUCACUACACCUACGAAGCUGAAGAUGCCAAGUUUGGACCUGGAGUGACGGUUGUCCCCAGACCCCACCCUCAUGACCGCAAUCCCACCUGGACAGGCGUUGGCCUGGUCAAUGUCCCUGAAGGGGCCUUCCUGGAGUUCACUGUAGACAACAUCCCUCAUUCCAUGGAGUAUGACAUCCUCAUCCGCUACGAGCCUCAGCUGCCUGACCAAUGGGAGGAGGUUCUGAUGACGGUAAUGAGGCCUGGACCAAUCAGAGCCGACAGCCGCUGUGUCAACACUGUGCCAGACGAAGACAACCAAAUGAUCUCCCUUCACCCCAGCUCACGGUACGCGGUUCUGCCGAGGCCGGUUUGUUUCGAAUCUGGACUGAACUACACGAUCCGUCUCAGCCUCCCGCUGUACUCGGCUCUCAGCGACGUUCACUCUCCGUACACGCUCAUUGACUCGAUCGUGCUGAUGCCGCACUGUAAGAACCUGGAAAUGUUCACCUCCUCAGUGGGAGGGGACUCCAGCGCCUGGGAAACGUUUCAGCGGUAUCGGUGUCUGGAGAACAGCCAGAGUGUCGUUAAGACCCCGAUGACGGACAUCUGCAGGAACUUCAUCUUCAGCAUCUCUGGACUGUUGCACCAGGGAGCAAAAGAAUGCAGAUGUGACCCCCAGGGCUCCCUCAGCACAGUGUGCGAUCCCAUCGGGGGCCAGUGCGAGUGCCGGCCCAACGUGGCAGGCAGGAACUGUGACAGAUGCGCUCCGGCCACGUUCCAGUUUGGACCGAGCGGCUGCAAAGAGUGCGCAUGCGACCCCCAGGGCUCCCAGAGUCCGAUCUGCGACCAGCUGAGCGGUCAGUGCGUCUGCGUCGCCGGGGCGUACGGUCGGCAGUGCGAUCGCUGCCUGCCGGGUCACUGGGGCUUCCCGUCCUGUCGGCCCUGCUCCUGCAACGGACACACGGAGACCUGCGACGCCUCCACCGGCCGCUGCACCGCCUGCAGGGACCACACCACCGGACACAGCUGCGACAGGUGUCUGGAUGGUUAUUAUGGCGACCCGGUGCUGGGAUCGGGCGACCACUGUCGUCCGUGUUUGUGUCCUGACGGGCCCAACAGUGCGCGGCAGUUUGCAGGAAGUUGUUAUCGUAGCGAUGCGUCUGAGCAGGUCGUAUGUGUCUGCAACACAGGAUACAAAGGCGCGCGCUGUGACCAGUGUUCACCUGGUUACUAUGGAAACCCUGACGAGGCAGGUGGCGAGUGUCUGCCGUGCCGGUGCAACAACAACAUCGACAUGCUGGACCCGGAGUCCUGCGACGCCAGAACCGGCGAGUGUCUGCGGUGCCUGUACCACAGCGAGGGCGCCGCCUGCCAGGACUGCAAGAUGGGUUACUACGGCAACGCCUCGGUUCAGGACUGCAGGAAGUGUGUCUGUAAUCAGCUGGGCAGCGACCAGUCCAGCUGUCAAUCCUCCACCGACUGCCACUGCGACCGCACCAGCGGUCAGUGUCACUGCCAACCCAACGUGGUCGGACAACACUGCGACCGCUGCGCGCCCGACACCUGGAACAUGGCGAGCGGCGCCGGCUGUCAGAGCUGCGACUGCGACCCCAACCACUCGUACGGGACGUCCUGUAACGAGAUCAGUGGUCAGUGUUCCUGCCAUCCCGGUUUCGGGGGAAGAACAUGUAACGAGUGCCGAGAGCUGUUCUGGGGUGACCCUGAAGUCCAAUGUCGUGCGUGUGACUGCGACCCUCGAGGGAUCCUGGAGCCACAGUGUAACAAAGUUAGCGGCCACUGCGUGUGCUCGGAGGGCGUGGCCGGCCCUCGCUGCGACGUCUGCGCCCGCGGCUUCCACGGCACCUUCCCGGACUGUCACCGGUGCCACCAGUGUUUCUCCGACUGGGACGCCGUCGUCGGUCAGCUGACCAAUCAGACGCACCGACUGGUCAACAAGGUCAACGCCAUCAAGACCAGCGGAAUCAGCGGACCCUACAGGAAGUCUAUAGAGAGCAUGGAGAGAAGCGCUGCGGACAUCCGAGGCAUUCUGGACCAGAACCCGGCCUCGCAACCUCUGACAGAAGUCCAGAACCUUCUACAACAGGCCAGCGACCUGAUGGCAGCUCUGAGUCAGACCAUGAACAACACUGAGGAGACUCUGGAUCUGGUGGGCGAGCAGGACUCUGGCAUUAAGACCAAACUGGACUCUGUGACGUCAGACGCUCAGAAACUGGAGCAAACGGUGCAGGAGCUGCUGGACCAGGUGGAGCUCAUCAAGAACUCUGACAUCAGAGGGGCAACAGACAGCGUCACUAAAUACUUCCUGCAGUCUCAGGCAGCCGAGGCUCGAGCAAAUGCCUCGACCAUCAACACUGGGAGCCCAGUUGAAACCUCUGCUGCCCUACGGCAACUCACAGAGGACAAACUGAACCAGACCAGGGAGGAGUUUUUACAGAGACACUCCGAACACGCCAAGAGGCUGGACAACCUGGCCGGAGAGAUGGAGACAUUGGACCUGUCGGUCAUCAGCUACAAGACAUGCGGCAGUCCAUCAUCCGGUCAAGACUCCUGCUGGUCUUCGUCCUGCGGAGGUCUGGGCUGUGUGGACCCCGACGGUCAGGCCAGGUGUGGAGGGGAAGGAUGCGACGGUGUGGUGACAGCCGCUAACAGCAUCCUGAGGAAGACUCAGGUGGCUGAGCAGGAAAUAAUCAGCGCCAUGGCGGAGGUGGAGAAGCUUUCAAAGCUGGUGCUGGAGGUGAAGAUCCAGGCUGAUGAGGUGAAGCUGAGUGCUCAGAAUGUCAUGAUGAAGACCAACAGAACCAAACACAAAGUUGACCGGAGCAACGAGGAGCUGCGGAGCUUGAUCAGACAAAUCAAAGAUUUCCUCACACAGGAUGCCGCAGACCUGGAGAGCAUCGAGCUUGUGGCGAGUGAAGUUCUGGCCAUGCAGAUGCCGACCACACCGGCUCAGCUGCAGAACCUCACGGACGAGAUCCGGCAGAAGGUGGGAGAGCUGGGACACGUGGAGGAGAUCCUGCAGCAGAGCGCCGACGAAAUCCAGAGAGCAGAGACCCUACUUGACCGGGCCCGACAAGCAAGUAAGCAGGCGACAGAUAUGAAGGACUCUGCAGAGAGGGUGAAACAAGCUCUGGAGGAAGCUCAGAGGGCUCACACAGCUGCCAGCAGCGCCAUCCAGCAGGCCGCCUCUGACAUCCAGACCACGACCAAGCUGCUGUCCUCCGUCGAGACGGAGACGGCGGACGCAGAGUCCAAGCUGCACAACGCCACCCAGAGACUGCAGCGGCUCGAGCAGGAUGUGAGGCUACUCACUGAUAAAUCCGCCAACGUCACGCAGACAACCAAAGUGACCAAUCAAGAAGCCGCAGACGUUGGAAGGAUUGCAGAGGAGGUCCAAAAGGAGCUGGAGUCGGAGGUGAAGCCAAAGUACAGCACAGUGGAACAGCUGAUAGGUCAGAAAGCAGAGGGUGUGGCCGACGCCAAGAAGAGGGCGGAGUCACUGCAGAAUGAAGCCAAAACGUUGCUGCUGCAGGCCAGUGACAAGCUGCAGCUGCUGAAAGAUCUGGAAAAGUCAUAUGAAGAUAAUCAGCGAACUCUUGAGGUGAAAGCUGAACAGCUGGUUGAGCUGGAGGCAGCAGUGAAGGCGCUGCUGCAGGAAAUCAGCCACAAGGUCACCAUCUACAGCACCUGUUUGUUUUAGACUCACCGCGUCAUACUGAGCCCAGUUAAAGGAGCAUAACCACUUCAUGUUCAAUUAUGAAUGUUUAUUUGGCUCUGAUUAAUUUUCUUUCCUUUUUUGGGCCACCUGCCAGGAAGGUAGUGUGAUUAUAUACGCUUGAAGUAUAAUUACUGAUUAAUUGAGUAAAAAUCAAAGAUUUAAGUUUAUUACAUUAGGAACUUUGUUUCUUUUUCCAAAAGGUACUAUGCUUAACUGUCUAGUUCGUUUUAAGAUUGAUCUUUAACAUGUUAACUUGAAUGUAAAUUACCCUGUGAGGCAAACACUUUUCCUCCAAAUCUAUUACGUACAAUUUGUAAUUGACUAAUUGGAUUAGUUGUGAGAGGGGUUUUGUGAAUGUUUCAACCGUUUGACUGCAACCUGUUAUGUUUCAGUAUUUUAUGUUCUACCAAAUUUUUUCUUUAAGAUCCAAAAUUAUUUGAAUAAAAAUAUUUUUCAUUAAAAAAAAAAA